CCCGUACCCGUACGUACAAAGAGCGCCUAGUUUGAAAGUGUAACCAUAAUUAUCAUUUUUAUUUUUAUCGUUUUAAGAAGUUGAGUAAUUUGUUCAGCAUGAACCUUGAAGUCACUGAUGAAGAACUUUGGGGAUGUGUCAGGCAGUUCGACGUGAAAACAUUGCAGGAAUUUCUGUCAAAAGUGGACGUUCCGAAAAGCGGUUCUAAAGACUGUCUGCAAAAGCGGCUGUUCUAUGCAUUGAAGUUGGGACUCCCCAUAGUGCCCACGGCCAGUAACGAAGAACUGAGCAGACGUGAAAGCCGGGAGAGAAAGCUUCGCUUUGGAGAACAAUUUAAGUUGCCUCACCCCCUCACUCUCGAUGGCUGGGAAGGUACAUCCGCAAAUCUUCCACCAAUUACAGAAGAAAAAGUAAACCAUUAUUUCCGGACACGAAACAAAGAACUUGAGAUAAGUACAGAUGGCAGCAAAUCUCUCGGUCAAGGAAGGAGCAUGGCAGUUUCCAGGGGCAGGGUGCACACAGUUGAACACCACCACAUCAGUGAUAUUGGCUCAGCUACAUUCGAGGACUGGUUGUACCACAAACAAGAGUUCAUGAGCAGCCAUAAAUGGCUCAGCGGUUUGUGUAAACACGUUGCAGCACUAUUGUCAUUUGUGACACAACAAGUGGAAUGUGGUUCCAGUGAGUCAUGCACAAGCCAGCUUCAACAGUGGCACAGGCCAAGCAGCAGCAAUCUUAACCAGAAAUUAAAGACAUCGGCAUUCCUGAAAGACAUUAAAACACCCAAAGUGUCGUCUUCAAUGUGUGACAAUAGGAAGGGUCGAAGGGACAUGUUUGAUCCCCGCGCUGUGGUAAACAAGAAAGUAAGAAAGCUAUGCGAUUAUGAUUUAGAUAGUUUGGCUGACAUAUCAAAUGGUAAGGCUGCAGUGCUCUUAUAUGCAGCACAUCAAAGGCAUGUUCACCCAACAUUGACAUCAAAGCCGGAUAUCAAUCAUCUAAAUUCCACAUUAGAUGAAGAUAUAUCAUCAUCUUCACCAAUUAGAGUUUCAUCUGUUGUAGAUGCCUUUAGAGAAGUGAAGAAAAGUGCAGGUACUGAUGCAGCCACAUACACAGCUAUGACAAAAGAGAUGGCCUGUAGUGGUCGCAGUAGAGAGUGGUUGGCUGAAUCAACAUGUCAACAGGCAGAAUCACAUAUGUGGCACAAACACAGAGUUGGGCGCAUAACUGCCUCUAACAUGGGGGCUGUUACGAAACACGUGGAUGAAUCUGGGAACCUUACUGGCUCCACACAUAGCAUCAUUGCUACUGUGAUGUCUUACUAUAAGGACUUUGUAUCACCAGCCACCACCUAUGGUAAAAAACAUGAAGCUGUAGCAAAAUCUAAAUAUCUGAUGAAGAUGCGCAGAACACAUAGACAUUUCAACUUGGAAAAGAUUGGACUUUGCAUAUCCAGUAGUCACCCAUUUAUUGCAGCCAGUCCAGAUGGUUAUGUAAACUGCAAGUGUUGUGGAGCAGGACUUGUGGAAGUGAAGUGUCCCUUUAAAGACAAAUCACUAACUGUAACACAAUAUGCAUCCAAAGGGAAAACCUGCCUCACAGUUGACGAAGACAAAGUAAGCCUGAGAACAACCCACAAUUACUAUGCCCAGGUUCAGUGUCAGUUGUUCUGCACAGAUAGGAAAUACUGUGACUUUGUGUUGAUGACUGAAGCAAAAGAAGAUAGUAUGUUGAUACAACGUGUUUACAGAAAUGAUGAAAUAAUCAAUCAAAUGAAACACAAGGCAUCAAGUUUCUGGGCCAAUGCAGUCCUGUCUGAGCUUGAAACUGGAGCUGUAGAAAAGAAAAUUGCACUGAAAUAUAAGGAAAUGCAAACUGAACCUUAAAGCAAGUAUUGUAUAUUGUUGUUCAAAUUUCCUUGACCCAAAACUCCACCUCCAUUUUUUAAAUCUUAAUUUCAUCGACAGGGCUUUUGAUUGUAUUCUGCACAGUGGACAAACUGAUGGGGGAUUCUGUUUAGAAAUGGAUACUUCACCACUGGCUUUUUGAGUGAACAAAAAAAUAACAUGUUCAACCCUUAUAUACAUGUACAUGUAGAAUGAUUCAGUCCUAUCAAACUGG